CGCAUCAUGGCGGCCUCCGCUCCGGGCUCAGCCUGGGGCCCUCUGCGGCUCGGCAUCCCCGGCCUGUUCCUCCGCCGGCCGCCCCGCAGUCUGUGCGCGCGCGUGCGGAGACUCCCGGGACCCGCGGUGUCCGGGCGGAGCGUGGCCGCGGCCAGCGGACCGGGCCUCUCGGGCAGUGACCUCUACUGCCUGGAGCUGCUGCGGAAACGAGAUUAUGAAGGUUAUUUAUGCUCCCUGCUGCUCCCUGCAGAAUCCCGAAACUCUGCUUUUGCACUGAGGGCCUUCAAUGUGGAACUGGCUCAGGUUAAGGACUCAGUCUCUGAGAAAACAAUUGGACUGAUGCGAAUGCAGUUUUGGAAAAAAACUGUUGAAGAUAUAUACUGUGACAAUCCACCGCAUCAGCCUGUGGCUAUUGAACUAUGGAAGGCUGUCAAAAGACAUAAUCUGACUAAAAGAUGGCUUUUGAAAAUCAUUGAUGAAAGAGAAAAAAAUUUGGAUGACAAAGCAUAUCAUAAUAUCCAAGAACUAGAAAAUUAUGCUGAAAACACACAGAGCUCUCUUCUUUAUUUAACACUGGAAAUAUUGGGUAUAAAGGAUCUUCAUGCAGAUCAUGCUGCAAGUCACAUUGGAAAAGCACAAGGCAUUGUCACUUGCUUGAGAGCAACACCCUAUCAUGGUAGCAGAAGAAAGGUGUUCCUGCCUAUGGAUAUUUGUAUGCUGCAUGGUGUUUCACAAGAGGACUUUCUACGGAAGAACCAAGAUAAAAAUGUCAGAGACGUAAUAUAUGACAUUGCCAGCCAGGCGCACUUGCACCUAAAGCAUGCUAGGUCCUUUCACAGAAGUGUUCCUGUGAAAGCAUUUCCUGCUUUUCUUCCGACAGUUUCUUUAGAGGACUAUUUAAAGAAAAUUCAGCGAGUGGAUUUUGAUAUAUUCCACCCAUCUUUACAGCAGAAGAAUGCAUUACUUCCAUUAUCUCUGUAUAUUCGGUCAUGGAGAAAAAGAUAUUAAAAUAAUUUCAUGGCACUUGUAUUAAUUUUCUUUUAGUUUAUUAGUUUUACAAAAGUGUACUAGUUAAGGUUCUUGUUUAAAAUUGACAGAAACUAACUCCGUUUACUUAAGGAGAAAAUGAAUUUAUUGGAUGGAUGUCAGGUAGCCCACUGAAUUGAUGUGAAGUUGCCAUUGGACUAGGGUGCCAGGACACUGCUGAGAUUCUGCCACAGGCACUGCCAUUGGCACCACCAGCUGGACAGUGUCUGCUGUGCGGCCUCUGCGAAGUUGGAGCUUCAGAAAGGAGCAUCAGUUUAGCUGUGCUUAGGCUGCUGGCCAUGCUCCAGCCAGAGGGUAGGAAGAGGGAAUGUCAUCCUCCCUUAUGGAGGGAAAAGGGAGGGGACUCAAAUUAGGGGCCAAACUCAGAUGUUGAGUACAGCUGGAAAAUGCAUUUAUUUAGGGGUCACGAAGAGGGAAGUUAUCAUUUGAGGAUUAUCAGUCACUAUGUUAAGGGCUUUAUAUCCCUAACAUUUAAUCUUUACAACCUUGGUAAAAAUUUAUCCAUGAUGAUAAAAUAACUUCUUUAAGGUAAAGCAGUGGCUGGCAAGAGAGCUGGAGCCCUAAUUUGGCUUUAGGUCUGGCAGCUCUUACUUUUUUAUUAACCUCACUGCUUCAGUCUGUCAUUCAGUGUUAUCAUGGUCAUGAACAAAAUUGUAUUGACAAAAUUUGUACUACUGUAGAUUAUAUUAACAAUAUUUAACAUUCAUUAAGGGGAUGUACAUUUUUAAAAACUAGUAUACCUUGAGCUUCCUAGUGAUAAGCGCUGUACUAAUACUGCAUAUAUAUAUACACACACAAACACACCCAUUUGAUCUUCCUAAAAACCCUAUGAAAUAAGAUACAUUUUUGGUAAUUAAAAUUUUAAAUUAUAAAAUACAUACCGGUUGCAAAACCCAAAAUUGUUUAUAUUGCUGGUAAUUAGUAGGUUUGGAAUCUGAGUGAGUCUCUUACUCCCAAGACCAGGACUGUGCCACAGUUUCCUUUUUUCUGCAUUUUCAGUGGUCUUGUCUCCUGCCCCAUUAACACCUGUGGUGUACUUGUCCUCUGUCCCAUUUCUCUUAAAUCCUUGGUUUCAGCCAUGAAUUAUGCCUACUUAAAUUGUUAGUGAUGGCUUGAAAUAUUACAUUUUUGUAAAUAAAAUUUAAACUGAGAGCUUGCGGGGGGGG